UACUGAGGACUGCGGCGGUGCGCGGGAGAGCGCUGACGUCACGGCCCGGGGUUUCUCUCUCUCUGUGCUCGAGAGUGUCAUGGCGGAGGCCGGCUGGUGAAGGAUUUACAGCUGAAAUAUGCCUGCUAUCCCACCUGUUUCCCGGCACAUGGAAUACGGAAAACUGCAUAGCGUUUAAACCCAAGGCACUCUUGACCGUGGAGGGGAAAGCUCAGAAACCCAUCUCUCAGAUAAAGUCUUAAGAGUGUUUUUGUGGAGUUCCCGAGCGACAGCGGCACCAGAUCGAGCCCAAGCAUCGCAGGGCAGGCAGGUGAGCUGCUCUGAAGUGGAGCACACAGACCGCAAGGAUCUCUUCAGGGACUAAUCUUUAAUAUUUGUUUGCGAUGGAUGGACGCAGUGAGGAUGAAAGUGUCAGCAACAGCAGCGGAGAGUCCAGUAAUUCAGAUGAUGAGUCUGGGUCAGGAUCGGGCUCGGGCUCGAGUUCAAGCAGCAGCAGUUCUAGCAGUAGCCAAUCAGGGAGCAGUGACUCAGGAAGCGGCUCGGAUUCUGGAAGCCACUCGGACUCGGAGAAAUCCAAGGAAAAGAAUGAUCAAGACAGUAAAAUCGAUGGAGCAGCGUUUUGGAAGUCCAAUCCCAGUAUCCUGACAGUGCAAAGGACAGCCAUGCUCAGGAAACAACAGCUUCAACAGCAGCAGAGCUCCUCAAACACUGGCUCAGACGAGGACUCUUCCAGUAGUGAUGAGUCGGAUGAUGAGUCAAAGAGCAGGACUAAAGGGUCUGGUUCAGACUCUGACUCGGGCUCUGGUUCAGGAAGUGGCUCGUCUGACUCUUCAGCAGAGGAGCAAGAGAACAGUGACGAGUCCGUGUCAGACUAUGAGCCCAGUCACAAAGUCAAGAGCAGAAAACCUUCAAACAAGGCCAAUGCCAGGAAUGGGAAAAAUAACAAAGCUCCUAAGAAGAAGCCCUCCCGCUCCUCCUCAGAUGAUGAGGAUGAUUAUAAAAAAGCUCUAGCGGGACCUCGGCGGCAGGCCACAGUCAAUGUGAGCUACAAAGAAGAUGAGGAACUGAAGACUGAUUCAGAUGACCUGGUGGAGGUGUGUGGAGAGGACGUCCCACUGCCGGAGGAGGACGAGUUUGAGACGCUGGAGAGAGUUAUGGAAAUGAGGAUAGGCCGGAAAGGAGCAACGGGGGCCGUAACCACGGUGUAUGCAGUAGAGGCAGAUGGAGACCCCAACGCCAACUUUGACCCCAGCAGACAGCCAGGAGAGGUGCAGUACUUGAUGAAAUGGAAGAACUGGUCCCACAUUCACAACACCUGGGAGACAGAGGAGACGCUCAAACAACAGAACGCGAAGGGCAUGAAGAAACUGGACAACUUCAAGAAAAAAGAGCAGGAGAAAAAGAAAUGGCUCAAAGCUGCCUCGCCUGAGGAUGUGGAGUACUUGAACUGUCAGCAGGAGCUCAUGGAUGACUUGCAUUCACAAUAUCAGCUUGUGGAGAGAAUCAUCGGACAUUCAAAUCAGAAGUCCGCCGCAGGUUAUCCAGAUUAUCUUUGUAAAUGGCAGGGGCUGUCAUACUUCGAGUGCAGCUGGGAAGACGGUGCUCUCAUUGCCAGAAAGUUUCAGAAGUGCAUUGAUGAAUACAUGAGUCGGAAUCAGUGCAAAACCAUUCCCUCCAGAGAGUGCAAGGUUUUAAAACAGAGGCCACGGUUUGUGCCCAUGAAGAAGCAGCCUCACUACAUUGGCGCAGAUGGGUUGGAGCUGCGGGACUAUCAGUUGGAGGGUCUGAACUGGAUGGCUCAUUCUUGGUGCAAAGGAAACAGUUGCAUCCUGGCAGAUGAGAUGGGUCUGGGCAAAACCAUCCAGACUAUCAGCUUCCUCAAUUACUUGUUCCAUGAGCACCAGCUUUACGGGCCGUUCCUUCUGGUGGUGCCUCUGUCUACACUCACGUCCUGGCAGAGGGAGAUCCAGCUCUGGGCUCCUCAGAUAAAUGUUGUGGUGUACCUGGGAGACAUCAGAAGCAGAAACAUGAUCCGGACACAUGAAUGGAUGCAUCCGCAGACCAAACGACUGAAGUUCAACGUUCUGCUUACUACAUAUGAAAUUCUGCUGAAGGAUAAGUCAUUUUUAGGAAAUGUGAGCUGGGCGUUCAUUGGUGUAGACGAGGCCCAUCGGCUGAAGAACGACGACUCGCUCCUCUACAAGACUAUGAUCGAGUUCAAGUCCAACCACAGGCUCCUGAUCACAGGCACACCCCUCCAGAACUCACUCAAAGAGCUCUGGUCUCUGCUGCAUUUUAUAAUGCCUAUAAAAUUUCACUCGUGGGAGCUGUUUGAAGAGGAGCAUGGCAAAGGCAGAGACUCUGGCUAUACCAGCCUUCAUAAGGAGCUGGAGCCCUUCCUGCUGCGCAGAGUGAAGAAGGAUGUGGAGAAAUCUCUGCCUGCCAAGGUGGAGCAGAUCCUCAGGGUGGAGAUGAGCGCCGUUCAGAAACAAUACUACAAGUGGAUAUUUUUUUGUUUAUUUAAUUUUUUUUUUUUUGGGUGUAUAUUGAGGAGGUAAUGUUUAGUCAUGGUCAUGAUGGAGCUGAAGAAAUGCUGUAACCACUGCUACCUCAUUAAAUCCCCUGAGGAGGAGUUCUACAACAGACAAGAAGGCCUACAGCACCUUAUUCGCAGCAGUGGGAAGCUGAUUCUUCUGGAUAAACUGCUGGUUCGGCUGAAGGAACGAGGGCACCGUGUGCUCAUCUUCUCCCAGAUGGUUCGGAUGCUGGACAUCCUGGCUGAGUACCUGAAGUACCGGCAGUUCUUAUUCCAGAGACUGGAUGGGUCCAUAAAGGGUGAGAUGAGGAAGCAGGCGUUAGAUCAUUUCAAUGCAGAGGGCUCCGAGGAUUUCUGCUUCCUGUUGUCCACGCGAGCAGGUGGUCUGGGCAUUAACCUGGCCUCUGCGGAUACAGUGGUCAUUUUUGACUCUGACUGGAACCCUCAGAAUGAUCUGCAGGCCCAGGCCAGAGCGCACAGGAUUGGGCAGAAAAAACAGGUGAAUAUAUACCGUCUGGUGACAAAGGGCUCGGUUGAGGAAGAGAUUAUUGAGAGAGCCAAAAAGAAAAUGGUGUUGGACCACCUAGUGAUUCAGAGGAUGGACACCACUGGAAAGACAGUCCUUCACACGGGUGCUGCUCCUUCCAGCUCUACUCCAUUCAACAAAGAGGAACUGUCGGCCAUCCUGAAAUUUGGUGCUGAAGAACUUUUCAAAGAGCCAGAAGGAGAGGAACAGGAACCUCAGGUCUUGGACAUCGAUGAAAUCCUGAAGAGAGCAGAGACCAGAGAGAACGACCCUGGACCGUCGACUGUAGGAGAGGAGCUCCUCUCACAAUUUAAGGUGGCAAAUUUCUCCAUGAUGGAGGAGGAGGAGAUUGACAUGGACACCGAGAGGGACAAUAAGAACUGGGAUGACAUUAUCCCAGAGGAGCAGCGGAGGAGACUCGAGGAGGAGGAGCGACAAAAAGAGCUAGCAGAGAUCUAUUUACUGCCCCGCAUGAGGAAGUGUGCUAAACAGUCCAACUUUAAUGGAAAUGAGGGCAGGCGUAGCCGGAACAGACGGUACUCUGGUUCAGACAGCGAUUCUGUCUCUGAUAGAAAGAGGCCCAAGAAACGAGGAAGACCUCGAACUAUUCCAAGAGAGAACAUUAAGGGUUUCACUGAUGCUGAAAUACGCAGGUUUAUCAAAAGUUAUAAAAAGUUUGGUGGCCCUUUAGAACGGCUUGAUGCUAUCGCUCGAGAUGCUGAGCUGGUGGAUAAAUCAGAGCAUGAUCUGCGGCGGCUGGCUGAGACCGUACACAACGGCUGUUUGAAAACACUAAGGGAGAACCCCUGUGGACCCGAACGAACCUCAGGAGGCAGGCGAGGGAAGGUGAAAGGACCCACCUUCAGGAUCUCAGGGGUUCAGGUCAAUGCUAAGCUGGUGAUCUCUCAUGAGGAGGAGCUGGCACCAUUACACAAGGCCAUUCCCGCUGACCCUGAGGAGAGGAAGAGGUAUAUAAUCCCAUGCCACUCAAAGGCAGCUCAUUUUGACAUUGAGUGGGGUAAAGAGGACGACUCCAGCCUGCUUAUUGGGAUUUAUGAGUACGGUUAUGGCAGCUGGGAGAUGAUCAAGAUGGACCCAGACCUCAACCUCACACAUAAGGCCAAACAGUUGCAGACACGAGCCGACUACCUCAUCAAAUUACUGAGCAAAGACCUCGCCAAGAAGGAAGCACAGAAACAGGCCGGCACAGCAAAUUCACGCAAGAGAAAACCACGGGGCAAGAAGAAUAAAGCUGUAAAGCCGAAGGUGGACGAAGUGACGAACAGUCUGUCCUCUGCACCGCCAUCAGAUAAGAGCUCUGAAGAAGAGGAUGAGAAAGAGGAAGAGGAAAAGGAAACUCCUCCAGUCAAGCCGCCCAACAGAAGAGCACGUGUGUCAGAGCGGCCGGUAAAGGAGGAGGAGGAGGAUGAGGAUGAGGACGAAGAGUCUGAUGAGGACGAGCCUGAGGAUAAAGAGCCAGAAGAGGAGGACAUAAUGGAGAAAGUGGUCAAAAAAGAGAUUAAGAAGGAGAAGAAAGAGGAGGGUCGGGACAGCAAAGAGCGGGAACCAAAAGAGAAGGAGAUUAAGUCAGAGCCUGAAGAAGAGACUCCUGCAGAGAAGGCUGUGGAGGUGAAAGCAGAGGUGAAGAAAGCUGAUACCCCUGUGCACACGCCCUCCGGAGGAGAUGCACUUCCCCUGUCUGACGAGUCUGAAGAACUGGACCAGAAAACCUUCAGCGUGUGUAAGGAGCGCAUGCGGCCGGUGAAGGCAGCACUCAAGCAGCUGGAUCGUCCGGAGAAGGGUCUGUCUGAGCGCGAGCAGCUGGAGCACACGCGUCAAUGCCUGAUCAAAAUAGGAGAUCACAUCACCGAGUGUCUGAGAGAAUACACCAACCCCGAACUGAUCAAACAGUGGAGGAAAAAUCUGUGGAUAUUUGUUUCGAAAUUCACUGAAUUUGAUGCAAGGAAACUGCAUAAACUGUAUAAACACGCCAUCAAGAAAAGACAAGAAAAUGCUCAGCCGAAUUUCUUGUUGUGUGUAAAUUUGUGUUCUUUUGUUUUUGAAUGUGUUGUGUUGUUAUUGGAGUUGUUGAGGGGUUAAAGGAGUAGAGGCAGGUAGAGAUCGGACAGACAUCACUCAUCUCGCUACCAUGAGCACAGCAAAGAUCGGCAUGCUGGAGACUCAUACAGAAAGAGCUCCGAUCCCAGGAAGAGACCCUACUCCUCCUUCAGCAACGGCAAAGACCACCGAGAGCGAGAGAGAGAGCAGUACAGAGAGAGAGGAGAGCGACAGGACAGCAGAUACUACAGCGACAGCAAGCACAGGAAGCUGGACGAGCACCGCUCCAGCAGAGAGCACCGAUCAGAAAGCAACUCCAAGGACAGGACUCACGCCGAACACCGCCUCCACUCUGAGCACCGCUCCGCCUCCGACUACACGCAUCCCAAAUCGUCCCGGGACUACCGCUACCAUGCAGACUGGCAGAUGGAGCACCGGCCGCGCUCUCCGCUGGGCCACCGCUCGCCCUUCGAGUACUCGUCUGACCACAGAAGCACACCCGAACAGGUCUGGAGCGGCCGCAAGACAUAACACUCUCCACUCGGCUCCGCUCGCUUCUGAUUAGCCAUAGACACACAACACACAGGAAAUGCCUUAGGGGACUGUUGGCCGCUGCACUGGGGCUCCGGGGAGUGCCACCCUUUCCUACUCACCUUCGAGGAAACACAGAUCACAUAUUUUUGUAUUUAAGAGUUAGCUGCAUUCUUUCGUAGGUGCUGCAGAGUAAUUUUUUUUAAUUAUUAUUUUUAUAAAUUGACUACUUUCCUUUUUGUUUUUCUGUUUAUUUUGUUCUGUUUUUUUUUACUUU